GUUUCUGGUUGGCCUAUACUCCCCGAGGUACUCCCGACGUUGUCCGGACACAUGCCGCACCAGCCCGUGAGGCUAGCUAUGCACCCACACCUCGGCCGUGGUACACACUACCAUGGCGAGCCAGCUACAGUACCGCAAGACAGUUAGACAGUCGUCACUGCACGCCAGACCCGGUGCAAUGCAUGCUGCCGAUAUGGUGCAUUUGCGCCCUUUGAACCGCAGCAUACCGGUCUACAUGUUCUUCUUGAGUGACACACCAAGUCGGCGAGACGAGGAUGAUGGCGAUGCUGCGAGCGGCAUAGAUCUUAGGAGUGCUGCACAGGCGGAGGCGGAGGUGACGGGGUUAGGGAUGCUUCAAGCGGCGUGGGAGCGUGAGGAGAUGCUGCGCGUGCGUCCUGUGGACCGUGCUCCGGUGAUGCGUCUGUCGCGGACGAUCGACGCCGUUGAUGAUUGCGACGCGUAUCACUAAACCGCGGGGCAGCGGUAGUAGUAGUAGGAGCUCCUUGGCCUUCGUGCUGUGUGUUCACCGAAACUCUGGCGAGGGGAGCGGCCCUCGCCGGAGGACUCGUGUUGCCAUGAACACCCGGCAACUGAAUCGGGCCAGCCUUCUCAUAAGUACGUUGACCUCCAUCGUUCUCCAUGAUUGUUUAGCAGCGGUUGUGAGUGUAAUGUGGUGGUAGCCUUGCGGUGGGGGUGGAGGCGGA